AUGGCCGCCCAGGGCUCCAUAAUCUUCUCCUACGGCACGCUGAAGCGAGGCUUCCCAAAUCACAACCUAAUGGAAGACCUAAUCUCCUCCGGCGACGCCGCUUUCAUCACCUCCGGCGUCACCCAGCAGCCGUACCCGCUGGUGAUCGGGCCCAACGGUAUCCCGUACCUGAUCAACAUCCCGGGCCAGGGCCGGCGCGUGAAAGGCGAGCUCUACCGCGUGUCGUCGCGUGGGAUGGUGCGCGUGGACGAGCUGGAAGGGACCCGCGUGGGGCACUACGAGCGGCUGCCGAUCCGGGUGGAGAGAAACGGCGACGGCGACGGAGGUGAUCAAUCGGCGGCGGAGGCUUAUUUCGCUGAUCGGGCGUUUGGCGAGAAGAUGUGGGAGAGAAUCGGGGAAGGGCUGAGCGAGUACACCGUGAGAGACGGGGAGGGCUAUGUCAGGAAGGAGAAUCGGCCGCCGGGGAGCAGCUUUCUCGGCGAAAUCCAAUUGUUUCUACAGCCCCGUUCUUAG